AUGGACGUAUCCGCGCACCUUGCGGAACCGGGGGGACAGUGCGAACUGCCAGAGUCCAGAACAGAACGGCCCCGCACCGAGCCACAGACAGGAGGACACUCGAACAGCAUCGCGACUGCUGAAAACCAAAAAAGCCCGAACGCAGACAGGCAGGAAGCACCUCGUUGCACGAAAGCGUUCGCUGGAACUGAAACUAGUUCAGGCAACCUGGACGGGGAGGCGCCCGUGGACAGUUGGGUUUCCGUGGAAGCCCCGACUAGCGAGGUCGACGAAAAGCCCGCGCUGAUAAGGCGAACAGUUGAGCAGUCGCCGGUUUUAUGCGUAAAAAUGGCAGGACAUGAAAACGUUGAAACCCCUCUUUAUUUGCAUUCAAGUUCGUCGCAACCAAAACUGUCCAGUGCAGAGACUACAAGAGUGGGGCUAUAUCGCACACGCUUCCCGAACAUGAAUAGAGUUCGUGUGCAUGCCUCCAAAGCUCUCGGUCGCUGGUCAAAGUUCAUUGCGGAAGAGCUCCGCUCGGGUUCGUUGGUUAACGAAUACAGCGCAUGGGUGACGACUGUCCUCGUGUGUACCUUGCUGGUAUACUUGCUAACGAUAACUAUUAGCAUUCUGUACGCUGUCCUUUGUGCAGCCCUUACUGUACUCGUUUCGUGUGCAGGCGCGAUAACUGCGGCAUUUGUUUGGAUUGCUCUUUUGUUGAUGGUCAGUAUUCCGAUUUUCGUAAUCGUUCUAGUAUCCUUGCUGGCAGCUACUACAGGCAUAUUUGCAUUGAAAGUCGGUUUGGAUGGCAUCAAGUCCAACACAGACCAGAUUGAAGACGACGACGAUCCACAGGACUUGUAA